AUGGCUGAGACUCAGGCCCCCGAGGUUGACUACUCCCUCAACAACCCCGACACCUUGACCAAGUACAAGACUGCCGCCCAGAUCUCGCACAAGGUUCUUGAAGCCGUUGCAGGAUGGUGUGUUGAGGGAAGCAAGAUCGUGGAGCUUUGCCAGAAGGGUGACCAGCUCCUCGAUGAGGAGAUCGCCAAGGUCUACAAGGGCAAGAAGAUCCAGAAGGGUAUUUCCCACCCGACGACUGUCUCCCCCAGCUCCUAUGUGACGCCCUACACCCCCCUGGUGUCUGAUGCCGCGGAGGCUGAGACCACCUUGAAGGCUGGUGAAAUCAUCAAGAUCCAGCUCGGUGCCCAGAUCGAUGGCUUUGGUGCCAUUGUUUGCGACAUGGUUGUUGUCGCCGACAGCAGCUCGUCCUCCGAUGUGGUGACCGGCCGCGAAGCUGACCUCAUCCACGCCACUCACUACGCCAACGAGCUUCUCCUGAGACUCAUGGUGCCCCCGGGACUCCUGGCUAGUGGUACUGAGGAGGAGAAGCAGAAGGCCGCCGCCCAGAAGCCUCCUACCCAGGCUCAGAUCUCUCAGUUGAUCGAGAAGGUUGCCAAGAUCUAUGACUGCAAUGUUGUCGAGAACACCACCAGCUGGCAGUUCGAGCGCAACGAGAUUGAGGCCGAGAAGAAGAUCAUCCUCUCGCCCGGCACCGGUGUGAAGGGAGAAGGUGUUCCCGACGUUGGUGAAGUCUGGGGUGUCGAGCUUGGUCUGUCCCUUGGAUCCGGAAAGGUCAAGACUCUCCCCCACCGUGCCACUCUGCACCGCCGUACUACCACCACCUACGGCCUGAAGCGCCCCAGCUCUAGACAGACCCUGUCUGAGGUCGUUAAGAAGUUCGGCCAGUUCCCCUUCAGCUUGCGCCAGUUGGAGGACGAGAAGGCCGCCAAGGUUGGUGUUGUCGAAUGUGUCCGUGGCGGUGUCCUGAGACAGUACGAGCCUGCCGGUGAUGCCGACAAUGCUCCCGUCUCCCGCGUGUUGACUACCAUUGCCAUCACCAAGAACGGCAUCACCCGGCUUGCUGCCCCUACCACGCCUGAUCUUUCCAAGUUCCAGACGGACAAGAAGAUCGAGGAUGAGGAGAUCCUUAAGAUUCUUGAGCGCCCCUUGGCCAAGUCCACCGGCUCCAAGAAGAACAAGAACAACAAGAAGAAGACCGCCAAGAAGGCUGACGAGUAAACGUAUCGUCUAACUGGGGGCCACAUCUGACGUAUCUAUGGGGACAUUGGUUUGGGCUCAAAUGAAAGCCUAUGAUUUCUUUGCGGGGAACAUUCUUCGUUAUACCGGAGCAUUGGCGAUGCCCGCCAUUACAAAAAUCCUUUUUGGAACUGCAUCCGGCGAGUUCUCUUGCAGUUGACGAGGGGUCGGGAAUCAGUGCGAAAGAUGAGCCAUCUGGGAGACCUGGUUCUCCCACAGUACCCUAUUGCAAAAUAUGUUGUCACAUAACUAGUUCGAAAGACGAGAUAUGUAAAUGCUUCAAUAAAAAGAGCAAAAAAAAAAAGAGGGAGACC